UCUGUCAAAUAUUUGGAAGCAUUCGAAAUUGUAGAACAAAUUCAUUUUUACCUGGCAUUAACGUAAGUGAUACAAAAUAAUUUUCGUGUGUGUUUUUUUUUUUUUUCUAAAAAGACAGACAAAUCAUUUGAAAAAACACCGGCAUGUUUUAGUACGCGGUAGUCGGAAUCUAUUUCUAUAUAUUUAUUUUUUUUUUCGUCAAAUUUCUUUCACGCCCCGCUCCGUUUUAAAAAUUAAAUCAAAAUAUUUUGUGUAAAAGGCAGGAAAAAUAAAAAUUCAAAGAUCCAUCAAAUCAAACGUUUUCGGUUCAGUUUAGCUAAAAAAAAAUUCAACAAAAUUGUUCGCGACCAUAUACGACCGUGAGUGUGAAGUAAUCGCCGAUCUCCGCAAGCACGCAGAUAAAGUAGGACCACGUCAGGACUACUCCAGGCAGGACCCAACACUCUCUCUAUUGAUCGCGAAUUGUGAGAACCUUUCCAUCUCAUAAUCCUUCAGGCCGUCCAGGACACACAAACACACUCAAACACACACACGAAGACACAGAUAGACAAAUUUUUUUCAUUUUUCGAUACAAUCGUUCGUGUAUCGAAUUAUCCAAAAUUGUAAUCCUCUGAGGAGUCAUCUGAGCCAGUACUAGCAGAAGCAGCAGCAGGACUAGCAGUAUGAAGCCCGAACAGCUGAAUCGCUUGAUGCGAGCCAAGGGCCAAGUGCAACCCUGGUUUCUAAGGAACACCACUGAGCUUUAUGAGUGCGCCAUAAGGACCUACUAUGAGCGCAGCUCGGCCGCUAUUCCUUAUUCUGCACAUAAUCGCAAUGCCCGCCUACGUCUUGAGAAUGCCGGACCCGUUCGAAAGCUAAAAAGAGCCCAUCCCGAGCCCACCGCCCCGGACAACUACCCGCAUAAUCAUCGCCUGCAGACGGAUCUGGCGACCAAUGCCAAUUCCAAUAAGCUCCUCAAUACCGUCCUCCAGGCGACGCGUCGCCGUUCCAUGUCCUAUUCGGUGGGCACAUCUCGGCCUGGAGCCGGCGGUGGUAGUGGUGUCAGUGGUGGUGCCGCCGCCACCGCUGCCCAGCCGUACAGCGUUUACGGCAAAUCGGUGUUGAGUGGCAGCAGUUCCAGCUGCUCGACCGCCACCAGCAGCAGUGGCACCUCGCACGACGGUUUUCCAGGUCAUUUCGGGCGGCGUACCUUCCUUAAGACGCCAUCUUCCUCCAAGAAGUCCAAGAAAUCCAAGAAGCAGCAACCGACCACAUCGGAGAAGCCCACACAGGGACUGUUUAGUUCGGGACGUUCGUUUAGCCUGCCACCGCGACCCACUAUUCGGGGUAUGGACACCAGUGUGGCACGUCCCAUGCCGCCCAACACGAAGCAUCAUUUGGAGGCCAUGCAGAAGAAUGCACAGGUAAACUUUGCAAGCCUUCCGCGAAGCGAGGGCGACAACCUCAUGGUGGUGGAUGCCGCUCUGAAACGUCGUAUUUCCGUUGUACCCUACGAUGAUGAGACACCACAGCCCCGGGGGUAUUCCAACCGAUUGCGAAAUGAUGGUGGAAAUACAUGGAAAACGGCCAGACGCCAUAGAGGCAACGAGAGCGGAAACAGUGAUGGGAACAGCGAGAUCGUCAGCCAAUCGUCGGAGGUGCGAUAUCGCUUCCAGACAUUGGCCGAUCGGAUCAAGCAGUUCGAAUAUAUUCAGUUUGCGGACGGACCCGUUACCAGUUUCGCCUUCGAUCGCCGCCAGAAGAUGCCAGCUACCAGGAAGAAGGCUAAGAAGGCAAGCCGGAUACCGGAUACCGAGUCCGAAGUACCAAACACAACAUCAUCAUCAUCAUCCGUAGCACCGAUGCGUCGCAAAAAAAUGGAUGAACAGCCACGACAACUGGGCUACAAUAAUGUCCUUCAUUCGAAUCAUCGUCAAAGGAGUCGUAGCUUGGAAAUGGAGCCACCCUUGAUGGAAUCGAUUGGUCUUUUGAAUACUCUCGAAAAAAGCCCAAAACCAACCACUGCAAGUCCUCGUGGCUCCAGUGUGGAUAGUCCGGGCCGAUCAUUUUUCCGGCCAGCCAUCACAUCCACUUGGGCAGCUGCUUAUGCCGCUAGAAAUGCAGAAAAUGGUGGUUCAACGAAGGAUUCAGAUGUUAAACCAGAAACCGCAGUGAGAAUACCAUCGACUUUUACCGCAAAAAACUAUAAAAAAAAAUACAUUUCACGCAAAAGUUUGGGCGUCAGUCGGCCAGGUAGUUCCGGAAAAAUACGACCCCAAACUCCAACAUACACAGUCCCACUACCACCCGGUCAUGCAUCAUCCCAUCCACCUGGCACUGUAUCUAAGGCACUAGAACCGGAGGCAAGUACUUCUGAGGAAAUCGAUUGGAGAAAGAAACCCAAGACUAGUAGUGGUGCGAAUACCAAGAAUAAUAAUUGGACAAUUGGUUAUAAGGCCGAUUAUGGAAAUAAAUCCACGGGAGCGGCAGGACCCUCAACCACUUGGGCAGGGAUUACCAAAAACGUCAACCUGAGUCCUGGUUUCAGGGCGGAAGAAUAUGCAACCGGCACGACUCUGAAGAACAGCUACCGUUCAUCCACCGCCGGGUCAGCUUCCGCCUCCAAACGUGCCGCCACAGCACCGACCACAGCCCGAGGAAAGGCCACCACCGCGAAUCCUUCCAUAAAACCACCAGCAUUCACACCACCUUUGGAUCUAAAAAAUACCAACCCAUCGCCAGUACGACGUUUCCAAAUGCAACAGCAAGGAAGCCUUGAAGAAGCCAGAAAGGAUACAGACAUCAUGACGAAGACGAAACCCACGCGUUCCGCCCAUCUCCCAGAGAAGUCGGUGGGCCAGUCAAUGGAACAGGAAAUGGCCUCCAUGGUCAGGGCGAAUGUGUAUAGUCGCACCAGUCACAGGGCCCAUGCCCAGCUACUGCCACAGGAUACUCCAAAUCCAAAUCCCACUGCCAAGAUAUCGAAAAAGCCACCCGGCCAUUCAUCGCAAGUUGUAAGGAAACGGGAAGAUGAAAAGGAUAUCACGGCCGAUAGGAAGGCGGAAAAACGUGAUCAGGAGGUUCAAAUCCAGAACGAAGUGCGGGAAUCGUCAGAGGUUGCAUCCACACCUUCAUAUGUAUCGGGCACGCCACUGGGCAAGCAGCCCGUCUAUCCAAAAGGAGCCAAUCAGCUGCUGGUUGCAAGUGCCACUCAGGUGUCGGCCUACAAGCGUGCCUUCCGCAGCCAGCAGCAGAUGCUCAAGGCGGAGAUGCUGAACCAGCAGGCCAAGCUCCUGCAGCAGGAGGACAACCCUCAAGCUAACUACCCGCCUUCGACUUCCCAUCCCAAGGCCAUGCCCACGCCAUCGCCAGUGGUGGCCACUGGAAAGUUCAGGUCCGGUGAGGCGGCAAAUGGUGGUUUGCCGUUAACGGCGCCGCCACUUCAAAGCCACCGGGCACCACCGCUACCCACUGGCCGGGCUGGAGUUCGUCCCAUUGCCCGGAGGAAUGGUGUUGGGGAGAGUAGCCGUGGCAUGGCCAUUCGUCAUUCCAGGCGUGACAUGGGAGGCGCUGCAACCACCUAUCUGAGAAGCAGGGAGAGUGGCUCGACAGGACUACGGAUUAAGGCAGAUGCCACUUCCAUAACAGAGCCCGCACAAGCGAUAAGACGCCGUUUUCCAACACUUACGCCGCCCACCUACCGAUCACUUCCGGACUCAACAACAACAACAACAAUGGGCCGGACAGCAGUGCCACAACUGAAAAUAACAACAAAGACAAAAACAAGAGGGAGCAAGCAAUCAAUUAACGCGGCAAAGGAGAGAGACCACCAACAAGAGAGAACCAAACAGCAGGAUAACCGUAAUUGGGAUCGCUAUCGAGAGGGAGCACGAGCCAGAAUAGCGGGAGACAUGGCCAUAGCCAGUGCUGCGGCCGCCACAACAUAUUCUUCAACAAGGCCCAGACGAACAAAGAUGGCGCUGACAGCGCAGCAGCCGCAGCAUUAUCAUUUGCGCCAUGAUAACGGUACUAGUAGUGCGCUUCUUGGCUUCCGGCGUGAAACGCCAAGCCGUGCAGCGUCAAGGCUGCUGCAGCGACGCGAAGAUUCUGGCUUGCAGUCGCGCUCACAGUCGCAGUCGUCGUCGCAUCUGCAGCAGCAGCAGUCGCAGUCGCAGCGCCGUCAAUUCCAUUACACCGUUAAUCCUCCCUGGCGUCCCCUUUACUAAAGACGAUGGUGGACAAUAACCAUCGUAUUCCUAUAAUUAUUUGGGGAGAUA